UUGCGCGGAGGCGCCGGGAGGGCUCCCUUUCCGCAUCCAGCCAGCCCCGUGCCUCCUGCGCUGCCGGGGCCGAGCGGAGCAGAUCUCUUCUGAAGAUGUAUUGGCAAAAAGUUUUGACAGUGUUUCUGCACUUGGACUUUCUUCAAAUGGCAGUUGCUCAUUGUUUAGUACAUCAUAUUCCUCCCUGGAGCUUUAUGUUACCUUGCAUGUCACCAAAUGAGACCUCUAUCAUACCAGUGCCUUCUGGAGUUGUAGAGACCAACUCCUGUUUGAAUGGGGGCUGUGGAAUGGCUGAUACCAACCCCAUGGUGGGGGUGACCGACCAGAGUUUUCUUUGCUGCCUUUGGAAUGAUAUAAACAUAAAUUGUUCUUUGUACAAACCAAGCACGGAAACAAAGAGUUUUAUUUCUACAGAAAUAAGUGUCUUAGCUUCUCUUCACACAGAUUUGAGCUGGAACACUGAAUGUUGGACUAAAGGAGAUCUGGAACAGCUAGUCUGUAUCUUGAAAUUGUCUAAGUCGCACGUGAAUGGAGAUUUGAAGGUUCAUCUUUUAUAUGCUCUAUCCGAUUUGUUAUUGGAGGACAUACCUACAAGUUCUCUAAAAGGCAAUUACAUGGUUAGUCACUGUGCCUGCAAGGAACAUGACAAGUAUGAAUGUCACGUACCUUCACUGAAACUCAGCUACACUUAUAUCUUAUGGUUAAAGAUCACAAAUGGUGCAACGACUCUUCAGUCACCUUUACUGUUGGUCACACCCAUAAAUAUCGUAAAGCCUGAGCCUCCUUUGAACCUGCAGCUAGAAAUGACAGACAAAUGGCAAGUAAAGAUCUAUUGGUCCAGCCCAGUACUUCCAUCAUAUGCCCUUCAGUAUGAAGUGAAAUUUUCUGUGAAUUCUACUCAAAAUACUUGGCAGGUGGUUAAGACUGUCUUAGAAAAUUCCCUGACUAUAGAUGAUACACUGCUUGGUUCUUCAUAUUUAGUUCAAGUACGGUGCAAGCGUCUUCAUGGUCUGGGAUUCUGGAGUGAGUGGAGCACAUCAUACAGUUUAAACACAGAAGAAGUCAUGUACUUUCCUCGUAAGAUACUGACAAGUGUUGGUUCUAAUGUUUCGUUUCACUGCAUCUAUAUUAACAAAAAUCAGAUUGUUUUGUCCAAGAAGAUUGUUUGGUGGCUAAAUUUAGCAGAAGAAAUCCCAGAAAGUCAGUACACACUUGUGAAUGAUCACAUAAGCAAAGUUACACUUUUCAACUUGAAUGCAAUAAAACCUAGAGGAACAUUCUUCUAUAAUGCGUUGUACUGUUGUCAUCAAAGUCGGGAAUGUCAUCACAGAUAUGCUGAAUUAUAUGUAGUAGAUGUCAAUAUCAAUAUCACAUGUGAAACUGAUGGGUACUUGACUAAAAUGACUUGCAGAUGGUCCGCAAACACAAUCAUGUUGCUUAUGGGGAGUUCUUUGCAGCUAAGAUACUACAGGAGCAGUAUCUACUGUUCUGACUUUCAAAGUGAACCUCCAAAGUCAGAGGUAAAAGAGUGCCAUUUACAGGGGAAUCAUUCCUAUGAAUGCACAUUUCAGCCUAUCUUCCUUUUAUCGGGAUAUACCAUGUGGAUAGAGAUAAAACACCUGUUGGGAACACUUCAGUCUCCACCAACAUGUGUCAUUCCAGCAGAUGUAGUGAAGCCAUUUCCUCCUUCCAGUGUAAAAGCAGAAAUUACCAAGAAUGUUGGGCUCCUGAAUGUGAGCUGGACAAACCCAGCAUUUGCAACCAUUGAGCUUAAGUUUCAAAUUCAGUAUGCUGUGAAGAGGAAAGAAAUAACUUGGGAGACAUAUGAGGUUUCUAAAGCACCAACAAAAUCAGUCCUGAUAAAGGUGCCAGAUCUUUGCGUUGUCUACAUUGUUCAGGUGCGUUGCAUAGGAGUCGAUGGAGUAGGCUACUGGAGUGACUGGAGCAAAUCCGCUUUUACGGUGGUAAAAGAUGUCAAAGCUCCCCUGAAAGGUCCAGAAUUUUGGAGAAUUAUUACUGAAGAUCCCAUAAAGAAGCAGAAAAACAUAACUUUAUUUUGGAAGCCCUUGAUAAAGAAUUACUCAUUAUGCAGUGUGAGCAGAUAUAUGAUAGAGCACCGCACUUCAGAAAAUAUGACUUGGUCAGAAUAUGUAGACAGUGGCACUACAUACACGUUUCCAUGGACCGAACAGGCACACACUAUUACAAUUCUAGCCAUCAACUCAGUUGGAGCAUCCUUAGUGAAUUUUUAUUUACCUCUGUCACAGCAAAUGAGCACAGUGAAUAUGGUUCAAUCACUUGCAGCCUAUCCAGUAAACAGCAGUUGUGUAAUUUUGACAUGGACGCUUUCACCUCCAACUUACAUGAUAAAAUCUUUUGUUAUUGAAUGGAAAAACCUCAAUGAAGAAGAGGGAAUGAAAUGGAUGCAUCUUCCUCCAAAUAUUAGCAAAUGCUAUAUUUAUGAUCACUUUAUACUUAUUCAGAAGUACCAAUUCAGUCUGUACCCUAUCUUUCCUGAAGGAGUAGGCAAACCUAAAACAACAGAUCAAUUCAUCAAAGAUGAGAAUGAAAAACAGAACAAUGUGGGGCUCUAUAUGAUUCUACCAAUAGUUAUUUUAUCCUCGGUUUUAUUGCUUGGCAUGCUGCUGAUUUCGCACCAAAGAAUGAAGAAAUUGUUUUGGGAGGAUGUUCCAAACCCCAAGAACUGUUCCUGGGCACAAGGAGUGAAUUUUCAGAAGCCUGAAACUUUUGAGCACCUUUUUAUCAAGCAUCCCGGAGCAGUGUCAUUUGGGCCUCUUCUACUGGAACCAGAAAUAGUAUUGGAAGACAUCAGUGUUGCUAAAGCUCUGAAAAAUGAAGACAAGCAAGAUUUUUUCGCAGUCAAUUCAGUGUUCACAAAGAUUCAAGACUCAGAGCAUGACUCUGCUUGUUCUAGCAGCCAUUUCAAUAGUAACAGUUUAUCUGGGGAGUCUCAUGAUGGCCAAGUCAAGGAAGGAGAUACGAGGCAGUCCAACAUCAAAUAUGCUACAAUUAUCAGUAACUCCAAAUCAAAUGGGCUUUAUGAACAGCAAAAUAAUCUAAGUAGUUCUUUUGUUGGAUGCUUCCCAGGUGAAGAUUCCUUAGUUACUGCCCCUUUUUCUAGUAGUUCUUGGGAGGUGGGAAACGAUGUGUUACUCGUAUUACCUGACCAACAUCCAUGCCAACCCAGCAAAACUCUCUCCCUUUCCCGUGUUUCUUCGGAGGGCUUUUCAGAACCUUCAAACCAGGAUGACACCUUUCCUGAUGGAGACAGCCCUGAGAGGAGCCUUUAUUACUUGGGGUUAACGUCCAUCAAAAAAAAAGGAAAUGACAUUUUUUUAACAGAGAAUUCCAGAGUAAUGCCUAAACUGGACACGCAUGAUGUAUUCAAAGACCUGGGUUUUUUUCAGGAUAGUUCUUCUAAUUUAAAUCCCUUUAUCAAAAAUAACCUUAAAUAUGAAACUUCUGUUAAAACUUUCAUACCAUACAUGCCACAGUUUCAGUCAACCUCAGUGAAACUGCAAGAGAUGACAGAGAACAAAACUUAAGUUGUAACACCAAAGGGUAGAUUUCUAGCAGAUUGAUAUUGUUAACAUUUUUUAAGUAUCAAUAACUUCCCCUUCACCUUCAGGAAUACACUUAAAAUUACUGGCUAUGUGUUGCUCACACUUUUAAAAUUGUGUGCCUGAUUCCACAACUGAGUUCCCUAAAUCAUAAAGAGAAAAUCCAUUUGUUGGCUUAAUUUUCACACCCAGACACCUACAUCCAAUUAGGAUUUUAACUUCCACAUUUGGUUGCAUUCACAGUAGCAUUUGAUGCCAAGUUGGCCAUUGCUGGUGCUAGCUGUUCCUGCUUUUCUGAGCGCCCAAGUGAAGAAUUGGAUGUCCUGUUGCAGACAUUCAAAUAUGAAGACUGGAUUGGUUCCUGUUGUAAGUUCCUGUUGUAAGGCUAUCAGAGGUGGUAUUUGAUUUAAUUUGAUUUAAAACAGUCUUUGUUACAGCUCUGUCCAUAGACCAUAUCCUGGCCUAUGGCCCAUUUCUGGAUCCAGGGUCCUUGGCAGACUUAGAAGUCUCCUGAAUCAAAAGUGAUUGUGGGGAACUUACCUGCGCACCAGACCUCCCUCCUUCAUGGAAACUAUUGCAGUGGUGGAACUGGAAGCUGCUGCUGAGGUGACAAUGCUUGCCUAACAUCCAGGGGUUAACGUUGCUGGUUAUCACUUAGCAUUCACAACAGAAGGUCCCAAAAUGGAACUGAUAAGCAGAGGGCUGGACAAGGCCUCAUCUGGCAGAGAAGCUCCCAAUCUCAACAGCGAUCAGAGAAAGGCAAAGCCCAACAAAAUAUUUUAAACACGUUUAACGAGCUCUUUGGAGAAGGUAGUGGGGUUUUUUUAUCCCCUCCCCCUCCCAAUUUGCAUAAGAUGGAGCAACCUGGGAUGUUCUUGUUGCCCUGGGGCUGGAGUAGCCUAUGCAUCCCCAGCUGCAGUGGGAGAUAUGACCAGGAUGCAUAUACUCAGUGUGACCUACCUGUUCCCUUUUCCAGACAUGUGGAUUAGAUCCAUUCAUAUUGUGGAUUGGCCCCAGUUCUACACCCGCAUGGUCUGUUUCAGAUCAGAGCUGUGCAGCACGGGGACAAAUUUUUGGGGAGUUGUGAAUGUGCCUUCUCCAUAUUCACAGACACCUGCUUGUGGCAUGUGUGUACCUAUAUUACAUACAGAGACCCAUGCAGAAGUUGUUCACCAUUUAAGAGCAAAAUGUUAAAAAUAUAUUAUACUAUAUGAACAACAUAGGAAGAGCAUGCCCUCAUCUCAGUCUGGAGUGCUGAGAGCUCCCUCUCCAGUUUAAAUGUGAUGUAACCAUUGAUAUAUAGAGAACCCUGAAUCCAUUAAUGGUAUUUUCUAGUGUUGGGCCAGGUAGUGUGCAAAAUCCCAACAUAUUCAUGAUGGGUGAUAAUGUAUAUAAGCCAGUUGUUUAGAUGGCAUCUGUAGUAAAGGGUGUAUGUAAGAAGGCAGGCAGUGCUGCAUCAUUAGUUGGUUUAAAACUUAAAAUACUUGCACUUAAUUUAAAUCAUGGAAAAGAAAAGGAUUACCAAUAUAACAUCUAGCAAUGCAAACUGUUACAGGAAAACAUCUGUGCGCUAAAUAGUACAUCAGUAUACAAGUUUUUCCCCAAAUAGGAAGAGGUAUCAGUAGCUGAAGGUAUACAUUAAUGCAUUAAAAUAAAGGGAGUCAUACUUUUUGGGUUCACAACAUCCCCAUUUGUAGUGUUCUUCCAUGUAAACAAAUGUAUCUGGAACUAAAAUGGGCACAUUUUGGAGACCCCUUUGGAAUUGAGGUUCUUCACCUUUAUUGGUGAAGUUACCAGUAAAAAAACUAUUUCAUGAAACGCCUUUAUGGAAAAAGGAAGAAAGGCACAGUCUUACAUCACUGGAAAUGACUAGUAGCCUUAGCCCAGAUGUCAAUCCUGGCUGAGCUGAUUCCUCCAAGUAAGCUUGAGGAAGUCACUUCAUCUCCUGCCUUACUUCAGCCAGUGGACAGGGUGGAUAGGAAGUAGGAUUUCUGAGAAAACCAGGUGCAUCUCAGUUGAAUUUUUUUGGAUAAACAGAUUGCAAAGCAAAAUAAAAAUCCAAGCUCAUUUUUCAACCAAAUACAUUUUUUCUACUCUAUCAUUGGUAAAUAUUUUUAUAUUCAAUAUGUAAUAAUGAACUAUUUUGAACUACUUCUAAAUAGUAUAUAUGAGCAUUAUGUUUACAUAUUAUAUAUUGUUUCAAAACUUAAUCCAAACAAAAGCACCAUAAAUGAGUUUAAAAGCAGCACCACCAAAAAACCGUUGAGCUGUGUAGAAACACGGUAUUUAAAUAUUAGCAUUAGGAAAUAGUAGACAAUGAAAAGGAUUUGAGCAAAUGUAAACCUACAUCUUAAUUUUAAGACCUACAUUAAAAAAAAAUUGGAUUAAUUUUUCAAAACUACGUAGGUUGUUUUGGCGUGCCUAUUAUCAUUGUCAAUAUGAACAUAUUAGCCACCAACAGCUUUGUUUGACAAUCACUCCUUGCUACACAAAUACUUCAUCACAUGUAUAUAAUCAAUGAGUAAAUGAUAUACAUUAGGGUAAUCGUACAUUAUCUACUGGGAACAAGGAUAGGGUAGUGGAAACUACCAUAUCUCAGAUGGAGGCAAAACUUAGGCUUUGGAAACCAGGGACAGAGUAUUGAAAGAGCAGACACGUGACAUUGUCCGAUUAAUCUGGGAUGCAUCAGGCAAGGCAUUUUCAUUUGAGAUUGUGAAAUAUGAAUAUCACUGUACAACUCAUUAGUCAGAUCUCCUUUAUAAUGUUGUUCACAAUUUUGGGCACUUCAUUUAAAUUAGAUUAUGUAGAAAAGGGCUACUAGGAGAUCAAGAGACUGAAGAGCCUCCUUUAUGAGAGGAGAUUUAAAACUCAUAAAAGACCCUGUACAGUACUUAAGUGCAUUUAUAACUUAAGUAUGUAACUAUUUCCAGUGACUUCACAGCUACUAAGGGCUUUCCAAGGAUUGGGGUAUUAAUCACCUGUUGAUUUUGUAAAUGUGUAUUAGAACAUAAAUUAGUUAAGCUUUUUUACCUCUCUCUGAAAUAACCUGGAUAGGUUUUGUGACUCGUUUGGAAUCCUCAGACCUUCCACAUCUCUACGAACCCCUUCGUUUCUCUCAUAGCAGUGCUGAUUAACUGAGAACAUUGUGCCUUACCAUUUAUACGCUGCUUGGCUGUCUUGCCACACAAAAGCCAGGAUACUCGAAUCAAUGUGUGAAAUGGAAGCACUUGGGGUCUGGUUUUCAGAAAUGAAGAGCAUCCACAACUCCCGUUGAAGCUGCUAGGGGUUUCAAAUGUUGCCUCUGAAAUCCAGACUUCACUUCUAAGGUACUUUUUUUUGUGGAAGAAGUUACUGAGCCUGACAUAGCAAGUUAUCAUCCAUAAAAAUUAGUUGUCUAAGUAUUUUUAAUUCCCUACACCACAUGUAAGGAAUAUGGCAACUAUUGAGCUGAGCUCCCUAUGUAAUCAAGGGCGGGGAAGACAAGAUUUUAAGAGCAGCCACUACACAACCUACACAAUUUUUUGACCUCUUUCAUGCAUGUUGAAUACUUUAUCUCCUAUUUUCUAAAGCAGCCUGCAAAAAUAUAGCUAAACUAGGUUCUUAAUACUUUGAAUGGGUUGUUUUUGCCCUGCUAUCACGGAGCAAGGUAGGACAAAACUAUACCACCUUAGUAUGCUCUACAAAACUGUCCUUUUGAACAGCAACUUCCACUUCGCCUGUAGAGAAAGGACAUGGGAUACUUUACCUCUGUGCCUAAAGGCAACAUCUGCAUAUCCUGGAAACACCAUCUGUUACUCUCUCUCUUUGCCCUCAGAUCCCCUGGAAAUGUUGCAGCUAAGGCCUAUGAUUCAUAGUGCCUAUGAUUCUUGACAGUAAAUAUUAAGAGUUUGACAUCAGUGAUGUCUUUCCUUAACAGUAUUUUUAAUGAUUAUCCUUCAUUUUCCAUUGAGUGUGUGUUUUGUUUAUUUGUUUUAACAGAAAUUGCAUAUCUUUAAAGUCACCUCAGAUAACUGGGUUUACACUCAACCCUCCUACAUAUACAACAGGAUGGGACUGAGCAAUUUUAAUGAAUAAUAUUUCAUUUAUUUAUUUUUAUUUGUAAUUUGUGCAAAGUAGAUUUUGUGUAUGGGCAAAUAAAUGUACGUGAUAUUUUUUUCCAAGGCUUAUUCACAACAGUUGCUCAGACUUCAGCAUGUACUCCAUCUCUGCAAAGGGUGUGGCAUACAAAGCCAAAGGAAACUGUUGCUGAUUUCCUUUUUUUUUUCUUCAUUCCUUGUGCCAAACUGCCAGGAAUUUUGGACUAGUCAGCUGAAGGAUCAGGCACAAUUUAUGAAUCUGUAGCAAGUAAUUCUGUCUCAAGGUCAGUUGUAAACAGUACUCUACCUGUUCCUCAUCUCAGAGGGGAAUGUUGGUCGUUGGAGACUUAAGAACAAACUCACCUCCAAUGUAAGGCCCUAGGUAGACAUUAUGUGUCUUGCAUGUUACAUGCAAGUAUUGCAUAAGGCAGCGUAACCUGCCAACUGGCCACGUUACAAUGAUCACGAGAUAAUUCUGCACCACAAAGAAAUUGUUUCAGCAAACAGUUUCUCUGGGGCUGGUCUGCCAUUUUUAUUGAGGGUUAAUCUGUUUUAAUGUCUGGCAUGUUAUGAUUUGUUGUGCAAUACUCUCAUGUAACACACCACUUGUAACAUUUGCCUGGGGCCUAAGUGAGUGCUAUAAAAUGUCACCUUCUUACAUUAGUAGUGAAUUUGGACUUUGAUCUUUCAGUCCCCUUCUUGUGUAAGGGAAGUCUAAAUGCUAUGUAGAAAUUACACUUGCAAGUAAAACUUCUCUCUUUUCUCAGUCCUGAGUGCCAUUUUUAUUAACCAAAGCAUUCAAAGACCCUGAUUUAAAAUUAAUUCAGUGGCUGAAAAUAGGUAUUUGAGAAACUGAAAUCUUUGAGGGCUCCAUAGUACAAAUUAUGAUUUGGUCCAGGAAAAGGCCUGGUCCACAAAGAGAGCUACUCACAUCCAUGAAGAGCUAUGCAGCUGCCUGAGGUGGAAAGGAGACAGGACUCGCACCUUUUUCUCUGAGCAUCUAGGACAUUUUUUUUUAGCCUGAGGGUAGUAUGAAGACAGGGAGAAAGUGAUAGGAAUGGGGUCCCAGCUUACCAUCCUGGGUAAACUGGUUCCGGGAAGGAGGCUUGCUGAGAAGGUAAGUUCUUCUUUUUGCCCUAUAUGUAUACAUAGGUAUAAAGGGUUUUCAUAGAUUCAUAGAUGCUAGGGUUGGGAGGGACCUCAAUAGAUCAUCGAGUCCGACCCCCUGCAUAGGCAGGAAAGAGUGCUGGGUUCAGAUGACCCCAGCUAGAUGCUUAUCUAACCUCCUCUUGAAAGGAGGGAUGGGUCUCCAUCUCUUUUACAUUAUCCAUCAGCCAUUAUAUAUGAAUCUUGAGCUAGUUAAACCCCUGAACUCUUACCUUGGGGCUGACAAAUCCUAGGGUCUUAGUAGUAUAUGAAGGGAAAGGAGCCCCUUCAAAAUGAGUGUAAGGAUGAUGGUCCUGAAGCACAGGUGCGCUGCAGAGGUCCUCAGCAUCAUCCCACAGAUACUGGGAAUCCUAAGAAUGGUAUUUGACUCAGUCCACGUGCUGUACUUUUUCUAGCAGUAAGAGUUUCUUGAAUGCUUUCAUAACAGUAUGUUUAAACUUUUUCUAAGGUGUUCAGUGUCAACUCCUCUCACUUGCUAAUGCUGGGACUGCCAAUAAGGCUGCACGUUUUUGCUGAAUGCUAUCAGAAAGCCCCUUCAGGUUAAACUGGGCGAUAAGUGACUGAGGAACACACAGCUGCUGAAGUAAAUGCCUCGCAAAUUAAUUUUAAUAGCAUUCAGGAACAUGACUCCAUUAGAACAGACAAUUAAUGAUGUUUCUAUUAUGGGUCAGAUGCAGCUAAAAGUUAAAUGCACAUUUUUUUUUGGUAUUAUGGUUGAUGUCCAAAAUAACAAGAACUUGCUUUUCAUGUAUUUUGUCUUUGUGAAUUGUUAGUUUACAUUUUGGUCGCUCAUUUGUCUAAAUCUUAUAUUUUGAGUGUAUGCAAAGGAAUAUUUUUGUGAGGGUGUUUUGCCCCUUGUUAAAACUGUGAACUAUAUUUUUACAUGGCUUUCACUUCUGGAACAUUUUCAGUUAUUUAAGUCAUUAUUUCCUGCUUCUUGGAUUGUAAGUCUUAAAGAGUGCUUUCUAACAACUGCAGAGUAAUUUUGUAUUUAUUUUUGUGAAUAAAAUGUUUAUUGUUGAAGUUAUAUCUA